GUCUGUCAAGCCAUGGUGACUGCGUGGGGACCGAGGUGGCUAAGGAUGUUAUCCAGAUGGCGCCGCGGCGUUCGAGUAGCACCGCAGUCCCGGGCGCUGGGCGCCCUGGUCCGCGGCGUGACUCGGGUGGAUAACCGGGAUGAUUUCCUGGGGAAGAGGCCGCACCGUCGCCACCCCGGCGUGCUCCGGCUGCCGUGCGUGCGGCCGCCCCCGGCGCUGGCCGACGCCGCCCAGCUGCUGCUGCUCAAGAACGCUGUGCCCGGUAUGGAGAAGCAGGUGCAGACCCUGACCAAUUACCUGUGGAGCCGACACGUGCCUGUGGAAGCUGAGGAGUUACAGAGACGAGCUGCGGGUCUGGAGAGGUUGUUCUUGGAAACGCCAGACUUAUCCCAGACUGAAGAAAAACUUCGCGGAGCAGUGCUACAUGCCCUGCGCAAAACUACCUACCAUUGGCAAGAACUGAGCUACGAUGAAGGACUGAGCCUGGUGUACAUGGCAGCAAGACUGGAUGGUGGCUUUGCAGCGGUCUCCAGGGCAUUCCAUGAGAUCCAGACUCGAGUCCCAGAGUUCCAGCCCCGAACCUUGAUGGACUUUGGCUCAGGUGCUGGUUCUGUCACCUGGGCUGCUCACAGUGCUUGGGGCCAAAGCCUUCAUGAAUAUAUGUGUGUGGACAAAUCAGCUGCCAUGUUGGACCUGGCAGAAAAGUUACUGAAAGGUGGUUCAGAAUCCGGAGAGUCUUACGUUCCAGGUGUAUUUUUCAGACAAUUUCUACCUGUAUCACCUAAGGUGCAGUUUGAUGUGGUCGUAUCUGCUUUUUCCCUAAGCGAACUGCCCAGCAAGGCAGAACGCACAGAGACAGUUCAAACUUUAUGGCGAAAGACAAAUCGUUUUCUGGUAUUGGUGGAGAAUGGAACGAAAGCAGGACACAGCCUUCUCAUGGACGCCCGGGACCUAGUCCUUAAAGGGAAAGAAAAGUCACCUUUGGACCCCCGGCCUGGUUUUGUCUUUGCCCCAUGUCCCCAUGAACUUCCCUGUCCCCAGUCAACAGCUUCUAGGCCCCUGGCCUGUAGCUUCUCCCAAGGCUACCACCCCAUCCCCUUCAGCUGGAAUAAGAAGCUGAAGGAAGAAAAGUUCUCUAUGGUGAUCCUUGCCAGGGGAUCCCCAGAGGAGGCUGAUCGCUGGCCCCGUAUCACUCAGCCUGUCCUCAAACGUCCUCGCCAUGUGCAUUGUCACCUGUGCUGUUCAGAUGGGCACAUGCAGCAUGCCGUGAUCACAGCUCGUCAGCAUGGCAGAGACCUGUAUCGAUGUGCCCGGGUCAGCUCCUGGGGAGACCUUUUGCCUGUGAUCACGCCUUCUGAGUUUCCUCCAUCUUCUGCUCAGGAUCCCCCUGAUAGUUGACAGGACUGUUGGUAUACGUCUUGCCAUAACCAGCACCAUCUUGGAUGUAAUCGUCAUGUUUGGCCACUCUAUGAACUCCUACACAAAAGAGGAGUGAUGUCACAAACAAACCUAUUAAGUUGUCCUCUUGGGCAGUCCAUGCUGCCUGGUUUGUCUUGGAAUGCAGCUGAGUUAUUCCCUAUUUCUUGAUGAGAAACAGACCUCUUGUAAUUGGCACAGAACCCCCGUUGCCUAAUAUACAAGCCCCCUCCGUUUAGUUCUAGGUGUGGAGAUCCAGUAGUAUGCAGCUGACUUUGGCCAUACAUCUCUACAUAAGUUAUUCUUCAAUAAAAUACAUACUUU